UCACACAGUUGAAGGUUAGCAAAUGAGGUUCUGUCUUCUAUAAAGCGUUGUGCUGAAUGUUUCUUAUGCUUUUGAAUAAAGUGAUGUUGGUAGUGAAUUUCCAGAAAUUUUGCAUAUCUUAAUACGUUGCAUUAUUUUACUUGCUGCCUUAAGAAAGACAAAAUACAUCUCUGCCAAAAGAUACAAUGGGCGUAGCUCUGGUAUCCUUGCGCAGCAGCGCUAUCUUAUGUCUUAUUUGGCUCACCAUAGCUGCCGAGGUGGAUGUGGAUCCUGCAUGGGAAAACAUUUUUAAAGCUAGGAGUGAUGAGGAUUGGCGAUCUGUGUGGCACACGGAACGUCAUCGACGGUGCUAUCACGAUCUCCUCGUACACAUGGACUGGGUGUGCCAGAAAGACAUCUAUGCAGUUCGUAGAAAGAAAAGAAGUACAGAUCCAUUUUUAGAUGACCAAAAAGCACAUAGUUUCCUUGGACGUCGCCUCAAAAAGUCAAGACCGCAUCAUACGCUUGUCAAGAGGGGCAUCAUUGAUGAAUGUUGCCACGGAAGUGCUGGAUGCUCCUGGGAAGAGUAUGCCGAAUAUUGUCCUGCAAAUUCGAGAAUGAGGUCUUGAUGUCACAUUACACGUUAUAAGAAGGAAAAAGGCGUUAAAAAAAUAUCUCAUUCUGUAGAAGAACCGUAAAAUAAAACACUGCUUUGCAUCAAUAAAUAGAUCUUUUUACUGUUUCA